UCUGCAAGAGAUCACAUCAUGAAGUGCUAAUCAAGAAAACAGUGACAAUGUUUGUAUACGUGCUAAUCUGUGCAGCUGUUCUCUAUAUCUGGUGGUGGAUAAGAGAUUGCUCAAAGAUUCCUACAAUUACAGACAAAUAUGUUCUAAUUACUGGAUGUGACUCCGGUUUUGGAAACUAUGCUGCACGUAUAUUUGAUAAACAAGGAUUCCGAGUUCUAGCAACCUGCCUGACGGAAAGUGGAGCUUGUGAUCUGAAGAAAGAGACAUCAGACCGACUUAAAACUGUAUUACUGGAUGUGACUGAUGCUGAAAAUGUACGGAGAACUGCAGAAUGGGUGAAGGAGGAAGUUGGGAAUCAAGGUCUUUGGGGUUUAGUAAACAAUGCUGGGAUUAUGGGUACUCUGGCUCCCAUGGACUGGCUCUCUCUUGAAGACGUUCGAGAACCCAUUGAAGUUAAUUUAAUUGGCUUAAUCCAUGUCACCUUGGCCAUGCUUCCCAUGGUUAAGAAAGCAAAGGGUCGGAUUGUGAACAUAUCCAGUGUUGGUGGAAGAGUGGCUGCUAGUGGUGGUGGAUACUUUUGCUCUAAAUAUGGGGUUGAAGGAUUUAAUGACAGUUUACGGCGAGACAUGAAGACGUUUGGAGUGAAAGUUUCCUGCAUUGAACCCGGUCUAUUUAAAACACCUUUGUCUGAUCCGAUCAAGGUUUUACAACAACGUACAGCUAUCUGGAAGAAACUCCCCGUCAGUAUUAAGGAAGAAUAUGGAGAAAACUAUUUACAACUAGAUGCUGCAAAGAAACAAAAACUAAACCAGAUCCGGACCGCUGACCUGUCCAUUGUUGUAUGGUGUAUGGAACAUGCUCUGACCAGCCAACAUCCCAGAACUCGUUACAGUGUUGGAACGGAUGCCAACUAUCUCUGGAUUCCAUUGUCUUAUAUGCCAACAUUUGUCCAGGACUUUGUCAUACUGAAAAACAAAGUAAAGAUCCCUACUACCGAUGCAAUGUAACAUUCUGUAACAUAAUAUAAAUGUUAAUGCCAAAAUGUAAAAAAAUUAUCUUUUUAAUUUAUU